CUCGCGCUUGGAAACACCCGUCAACAAGUCGCGUUCCCUCACUCUCCCGCGAUGCUCUCGUCAUGGCUUUCAUUCGUAUUUUCUUCAUUAUUGAUUCUUUCGACGGCUGCAUAUGAAGUACCGGUAUCCGACAAGGACUAUGACCGGCAAAUAUGCUCGGGAAUGUGGGCAAACCAGAAGACAUUCAUCAAUGUAACCUUCGAUAGCAGCGCACAAGGCCAGCUGGCCAUGGUCGUAUACGAAUGGGGAGACAUGGCAUACCUCGGGAAGGUGACGUCCCCUGAGACGGACCGGCCUCAGAAGACCUACGUUUGCACGUCCGAUGCUGUCAAAGGCGGUCUUUGUGAAAACUCACAAUUGGGUCGAUUCAUUCUUGACCUGCCGACGGGAAAGGUUAGCUUCCAGGGCGGAUCGUCCUCCCUUCCUGCCUCUUCAGAUGCCUCCAACUAUACUACUCCGUGGCGGCGUGAUAUUCAGCUACUCGACGAGCGGGACGCGCUAAACCCGAGUCCUUCCGGAAUCCUGCUGUACCAGCAACCCAUCCAGUACCAAGUACGAAAGAUAGGAUAUUAUUGUGUCGCUAUUGUUCCUGUGUCUGUCAUGCCAAGUUCUGCCCGGCAAGCCGGCGCCGACGUUCCCUACCACCCCACCUACACUGGCACCGUAUUCUUCCGCAACACCUUCGACGGCCCAUUCGUUCAGUUCUACUUUAUUAUGUUCCUCGUGUAUACUGUUGUGGCUGUCGGCUGGGGUUGGCUCUGUUACAGGAAUCUGCAAGACUUGCUUCCCAUUCAGUAUUACUUGUCUAGCUUGCUGGGCUUCCUCAUUAUCGAAAUGGUCGCCAACUGGGCAUACUACCGCUAUCUGAAUGCCCACGGGAGGGGCACACCGUCAACCGUAUUCCUAAUUGUCGUGGCCAUCCUGGAUGCCGGUCGCAACGCCCUGUCGUUCUUCCUGCUGCUAAUAGUAUCUCUGGGCCUGAGCGUGGUAAGAGAGUCUUUGGGCAAGACCAUGAUCAAAUGCCAAGCACUCGCGGUGGCACACUUCAUCUUUGGCGUCCUGUACGCCGUCGGCAUCGUAGAACUCGAGCUGGAGUCAACUUCAGCUCUUGUGCUGCUUCUGUUCGUCGUGCCAUUAGCGUUCACGCUUAGCGGCUUCCUGCUGUGGAUUCUGUAUGCGCUGAAUACGACGAUCGCACAACUCGCGUCUCGGAAGCAACAUUACAAGCUCUACAUGUUCAAGACGUUGCAUCGUAUCUUGUUGCUGACUGUCUUAGUUAUCGCCAUAUUCUUCGUCGUCUCUUCGCUGACAUUCUCCGGACGCCUCGCAGAAGAUUACGGCGCAAGGUCCUGGAGGGUACAGUGGUGGCUACUUGACGGAUGGCUCGCGCUGCUGUACCUCCUCGACUUCGUUGCAAUUGCGUACUUGUGGAGGCCGUCGCCCAACAACAGCAGAUAAGCUAGCCAUGUUCGACGAGCUCGCACAAGAUCCAGAAGACGCAGAGGACUAUGAUCUCGAGGCCCUCGAGCACCGCGAAGGCGGUCACAUGCACAUCCCGGACAACGAUGAUGAUACAGCGACCCUCGUCGGGCGUGCGGGUGGUUCCAUGGCUGAGGACGCCGUCGUAUUUGACAUCGGAGACGAUGAUGCAGACGACGAUGAGCUGAACGCGAAAAAGCGACGAGGCCUGGAGCGUGAAGGAGACGCUCAUGAACGGGAGGGCCUAAUGAAGGACGAUUGAUUCU